AUGCUCCGGAACUCUGAAAUCUCUUGGGAGCGUUACUGCGAACUAAGAGACGGCGACCCGUAUCUAGCUCGUUGGGGCUUCACGAUGUAUCGCACGUACUACGGCCUUGGCUCUGAUGAGAACUGGAAAGCACUGCUCGAGAAAGCCAAGGAAGAAACAUUUAAAGAGCUGGAUGAAUGCGAUCAUGACGACCUUGCUGCCAAACUCAAACCGAUCUUUCAAAUCGAUGCACGCUCUGAUCAGAGUCUUCUCAACGAUCUGAGCCUUGGAGUGUUGUGCCAAGUUUACAACGACAAAGUUGGCGGGGAUCCCAUGCCACGGUUAGAAUCGCCCGUGUUUCUCGUAGCCGACGAGCACAGUCUCGAUCAGAUCAGUGAGGGCAAUUGGAUUGUCAAGUCCGUAGACGCCGACUAUCCGCCCCGAGAAGAAAUUCCUAUUCGUACGAGUACAGAGGAGAAUUGGUGGGGAUGGGGUAGAAUGGAGUUGCGUCAAAUACCUUGGCUUUGGAAAAAACUGGCGGGAGAAGACAGUCGAUACUGUUUUCGGUGGACAGUGCACCAAGCUGAUCUUGACAACGUGAUUUGGUUUCAUUCAUCGUCCAUGGAGGAGGCUGUCUAA